AGAAUGUCAUCGGCUGUGGCUCUUUUUGGUGGCGCGGUGGUUGGUACUCUGGUGGUGUUGAAGGUGGUGCUCACCCCGCGUGCUUUCCGCACUAUUGCGAUCGGGGUGGCUGUUGGCGCCGUGGGUGGAGGAAGCCUUGCCUAUAUGAACCGACUGCGUCACCACUCAAUCACAGCAAGUUUCAAGCCCGUCGGCCUCACAGCUCCGCCUCCCAACUUUACGUCUAUGCAGCCUCUGCUAUACAGACAUUUGACGGAGGAGUAUGAAAGCCGCGGCGAACUUGACCUAGGCGAGGAACACAUUACGGUGCAGCCCAACGUUUUCGCACAAAUUGGGAUUCUCGACGUGAACGGCAUCCGACAGAUGUGGACAAAGGCGAUCAUCCCAUGUCUCCGUGAUGGGCGCGAAACGAACCUCCUCGACAGCAGCGACGGAUCGCAAGCCGAUCUGGAAGCACAAGUAGUGUUUUGCGACAUCGGCAGCGGUGUCGGGAAUGUGUGUUUGCAGGUGCUCGCUGAAACAAAAUGCCCUAAAAGCGUUGGUGUGGAAGUCAUACCGUCUCGCAUUGCAGCAGCACAAGAAGCAUCGGCCGAGGCCAAGAAGCUUUUUUCUGACAUCUUUGCUCAGAAAAAAGCUGUCUGGUUGGAGGAGGACCUCGUACAUUGUGCCAGUCAGCUCAAAGAAGAAGGCGUAAACGUUCUUUUCACGCAUUCGUGGAUGUUUGACGACUCUCUUAUGACAAAACUGACAGAGGUCAUCGCUGCAGUCCCCACAAUUGAGUGUGUUGUCACUUCACGCAAGCUGGACGAUAGAAUUCUCGCGAGCACCACACUACGUCAAAAAACGCUGAUGUUCUUCUCCGCUGACUGGAAUGACGAAGCUCCGUUUUAUGUGUACGGGAGGUGA